GCAGUUGCUUAACCAACUGAGCCACCCAGGUGCCCACCUCCUCAAAUCUUUUAUUGAUACUUUUAGCACUUGGUAAAAUGGAGUUGAUAGUUUUGCCGUCUUUGUUCCAGGUGAACUAAUACUUAGUACCUCAUCCAAGGGUUGGUGCAGGAAAAGUAUAAAGCAGGGGUUUGGUCACACUUACACUUGAGAAGCUAGUGCCACGGAUUAACAAUGAAAGACAGCCAUGCAGUCCCCAGGCCAAAAGGCCCUUGAGUUGUUGGGCCUUUCCCCAGCCAACUUUCUGCCCCCUCUCCUGGAAACACCAGUCAGGUCUGUUGAUCAGCAGCAGUCAAAGCAGAGAAGACCCAGUGGUUCGCCUCCUUCUAACUCCUUGGCCAACUUCUCUGAACAGAGUUUUUGAGAAAGGAGACAGCACAGCCCUAACCUUCAUUUGAUUAUUAGCCAUAGGAAAAGACAGCAUUAAACACUGACCUUCACCUAAAGCAAUUAGUCUGAGCUAGAGUACCAAAAAGAGUGAGGAAUUUAAAGUGAACCUCUCAGGUUGGCUGCUAGGAGUAUAAAUGGGCACAAGCACUUUGGAAAUGUACUUGGUAGGAUUUACUACAGCUAAACAUAGGCCGACCCUGUUACUCAGUAACUCCACUCCUAGGCGUAUACCCAACAGAAAUGAAUGCUGCGUUCACUGAAUGACAUCUCCAGGGUCUUCAGAGCAGUACCAUUCGUUAGAGCCCCAAACUGGAAAGAACCCCAGCGUCCAUCAGCGGUGGAAUGGACAAACGGUGGCACAGUCCUGUAGUGGAAUUCCACACACAACAAAAAGGAAUGAACUGCUGUACACACGGGAGGGCUCUCACAGACCUAAUGUUAAACAAAAGAAGCCAGACAUGAGAGAGUAGAUAUGACAUAGUUACACGUAUACAAAGUUGAAGAAAAUCACCUGCGGACAAACGGGUCAGGAUAAUGGCUGCCUCCUGGGAGGGAAGAGGUGGGGGAUGCAUAUUGGUUGGGAAGGGGCACGAGAAUUUCCUGCGGCCCUGGAAGCAUUCUGUAUUUUGAUCUGAGGAGUGGUUACAGGAGUGUACACAGAAGUAAAACUCCAGUGAGCUGUAUCCUUCAGCUUAGUGCGCUAUAGAAUGUAUCUGUUAGACCUGCUCACUGGGACAUCAGAGGUGGAAGGCUUCGAGACACCUGUCAGUGCAAAAUGGCAAUAUUUGUCCAUCUUGCCUCUGCUCUGCUUUGUGGAACAGUCGGCUGCACAUUGUGCUGCACGCUGCCAGACGCGGCUGCCCCGUUUCCUAGGGUGAAGUAUUUUCUACGUAAACAAGUUAGGAGGGAAAUCAGUCAUUUCUCUGCCUGUUUCUGGGCAGCAGGACCAGAGCAGGGUAAGAAUUAAUAUGCAGAGGAAUGGACAGGAAGCCUGUCUGCCUGUGCACAUUCCCUGCUUCACAUGGGUCUUAACUCUACUAGGCUCUCCGCUCGGCCGCCCAGCUCUCUUGACAGGCAAUGGAAAUGAUUAAUGAUCUUUUUUAAAGCCAGGAAAAAGUAGCGAGGGUCCUUGGCAGGGCUGUGUCCUGGGUCCUGGACCCUCACCCCUGAUCAGUGGGCAGGAAGGCAGCCAUGUGACUCUGUCUGGGGUCCCUGCCCCCAAUUGCAUCUGGUCAUCAUUGAAGUGGGCCCAUUCUCUGCGGUGGGGAGGAAGUCGCCCUCCCUCCCACACUCCUGCCAUCUCCCAUCUUUGUCUCCAGUGCCCAAGGAGGCCAUCUCCUCCGUCUGCCCUCACCCCUACCCCUAGCUCUAUCUCCACAGUCUGAGUGGCAGGAAGGAGAGCAAAGUGCCAGGGAGCAGGACUUUUUUUUGUUUGGCUCCAUCUGGCUGGAAGCUCCUGAUGACAGCUUUGGCCUUGCGAGUGCCCGUGCCCAGCAGCAUUCCCACCACCCAAGGGUUAAAGCCCCAGGAGCCCCACAGCCUCGCUGGGUCCCUGGCCCUCAUAAAAGCCUUUUCUACGCUGUCCCUUGGGCUGCCUCAGGCUCCCUGGCUGAAAUCUGAUAAGGGCCCUCUUUGUUGGAACUGUCAGUCUCUUUUAUUGAGGAGGGAACUGGAGACCAGCGGCAUUUCUUGGGGUACAGAUAAGGCCCUGGAUUCCUGUCAGAAGGAGCAUGAUUAAUUACCCUCAAUCCUAGCUCCUGCUUUGAUAGCAGUGACUGACAGUACACAGGCUUCCCCGUCAGGUACUCACACCCCCUCUGGGAGGCGUGAUGGGGGCGGAGAUUCGGCCUCCUGCAGGGCCAACACCAGUGACCCACAGAGCGCUCUCUGAAGUGGCUGCUUGCUUCCUUCCUGGUUCUUAGCAGGUUGCUUUUGCAUUUAUUGUGGACAGAGACCUGUCACCUCUCAGAUGAAGAGCCUCCUUAGAGGAAGAUCUAAUCCAGCCCAGAGAGCAGGCCAGAGACACCCCUCUUCCCCUCAAGGUUGAGGAAAGAACGAAUGUUGUGGUCUGUGGCCACACAGGGACCUUCCUAGGAGAAGUUCCUAAACCACCAUCUCAAGGUCACUUGGCAACAUUAUUCCAUAAUUCAGGCAAGCUCCUAAAACCAAGCCACCCUCCCUUCGGUAAUAAUCACGACUAUCAAUUUUUGUUUUAAGUUUUUAUUCAUAGACUCAUGGGACUGAAAGUCAUCUAAUCCAAAUUCCUCAUUUCACAGAUGGAGAAACUGAGACCUGAAUAUGUCCAAUCCUCAUCCCCACCCCCCAGUAUGAUAUAUUGGUUCUCGUUCAGAAGGUAAACUCAGCUAAAAGGCCUUCUCCCCCUCUCUCUUCAUAGCUGAGUCUCCUUGGGACAAGGGAGAUGGGUGCCAGGUCCAUUAGAGCAGACUGUAGAGACAGACCAGCCUGAGGAUCCAGCCUCUUUCUUGGUUGUCAGAAGAAUGGAAGCCAGGACAGGUUUUGUGUCUGGAUUGUCUGGAUAACGUUGAGAAAACCAUACCGUCAUUUCGAGCUGGCACUCAGAAUAGUCUCAGCUUUGUUUCUGACAGCACCCGGGGGCCUCCUGCCCUGGGAGCUAUUUUUAGCAGUUUCACAGAGGGCCAGACUCUGGGAAGAACGUGCCCAGUCUCCUUAUCCAUUGAUCUCUGAACCAGGGUGCCUGGCUGGACCACAGAGCAGGACUGUGGGGCCCACCACCUGGUGCCAGUGCACCCCAGACCUGUGGUUUCUCCCCAGAGGGGCUGGGAAGAAGUCACUUUUUGGUUAGAUUUACAGUCUUGACUUCAAAUGCCACUUUCCCCUUCCUUGUCCUAGCUCCCAUACCUACCUCUGUUUCCCCCGCCCUGAGCAGUUCUCAGCCUCAUGCAUUCACACUCCACGACUAUAAAAAGGCGCAUUUUUCAUGAGAUUUCUACAACUAUAACAUCGUUACCUUUCAAAAAAGCCACCUCAAAUAACUAGACAGUGCAGUGACUACUCAGAGUAAAUGUAUAAUUCCUCUCUAGGGGGUUGUUUCCAGAAGCAGUGUGAGCCACACCUGAGAACCUCUAUGGUUUAUGACUACACCUCAUCUUCAAAUAAAAUCAGUGUAAACGGCCUGGUCACUUCGUAUUCUCCUGGCUUGCCUCCAUGAACGACCAUUUCUAAACGUAAAAUACACCCUUUAUGUUUGAAGGUUUACCACCAUUGGAGAUUCUAAUGAAAAUAAUGCCAACUCAGAAGGCCAUUUGCAAAUGGAUUUCCAAAACCGCAGGGUAGCUGGUUCCCCAAGGUGACUGUUCUGGAAGACAUCACUGCAUCGGCUGGGCAAGCCCCCUGCCUGAUCUUACACACUCAGCCGCGCCCAUCUGUGUAUGGCACAGACCCAGCUAUAGUUCACUCUUUAACCCCUGCUUCCUCAUCCCUUCGACCCCACUGAGUGCAGUCAUAGAUUCUUUACCUUCUCCAACCCCCCUGGCUCUCCAUCUGUUCUGCUGCUGCUUGUCCACUUUGCGUGGGACGUGGACACAAAGAGCUUAUGCACCCUGGGCCUCCAUUCCCAGGCUGUUUACUAAGGGUCGUGACCCUAAUGAACCUGCUGGGACCUGAGAGGAGAAGGUGACUUCUGCUCAGGGCUGUCAGCAUCAGACACGUGAUGCUGGUGACAGGGCUGGCGGGCAUACCACAAGCAUGACAGAAAUGCGUCAGAGGGUCCCAGUUGGGCAACCCAUAGCUGGUUGCUUUGACUGUGAGAAACCUUUUUUUCCCCCCAUCUGCACGACAGUUUAAUCUGUUAAACACUAUAAUUCUUAAGGGCAUGGUGAGGGGGAAGCAGUCUCUCUCUGCCUUCACGGAGCUUACAAUCCUCCUAGGAUGCCAGGUGAAUGUACGUAAAACGAUUAGAGACUACCUGCUGAGCUUGUAGGGCUUGUAAUAGGAAUUCUGAGAGAGAAGAAAUCCCCCUGAACUGGGAUAGUUAGAAGAUUCUUCCUGAAGGCCAAUGUGUAGAGGAUUUGAGCAGAGGCAGGUCACGUUAGGCUUGAUGAGGGAAAGCACAAAGCAGAGAGUAGAGUAGAAAUGAGCCUGGUCUGGGGAGGGUCAUGAGGAGACCCAGCUAAAGAGUGAGAGAGUGCGUCGUCGGGAUGUUUGAAAUACUUCACAGGCAAUCUUUUAAGGGGUGUGGGGGACCCGGGUGAUGAGACUGGGCAGGCGUCAGGGUCUGUGGUGUGGAACAAGGACGCGAGCAUCGUGGUGGCCACAGUGCGCAGGUGGAGCGCGUGGGUAAGAGGCCGCCGUGGGCGGAAAGGAAGAUACGUCUGAGAGGCGCCUCCAAGGAAGAAUCAGUGGAGCCUCCUAACCACCUCACGGUGGGCGAUGGGGAACGAAGAGGGGCCAGUGCUGCCUGAGAUCUCAGAGGACAAUGGUGUUGCUGGAAGAAGAGGAAGUGGUGAGAAAGGAGGGGCUGGCUUUGGGGAUAACGGUGAGCUCAGUGUGAACAUUCUGACUUGGAAGUGAACAGGUCACCGUGGAGAUGUCCUAGAAGCUUCUGGAAAUGUGAGGGGACCUUGAGAGUGGUCCUUCCAGAGUCUCCACGUGAUGCCAUGAGGAUGCAAACUGGCCUGGACCAUGAGUGUGCUCGGGCAGACAGGCCUCCAGAAGGAGGUGGACCUUGGCCCUGGUCCUACCAGGAGACCAGUUCUGCCAGACCAGGCUCUUGUGCUUAUGUCAGGAAUCAGAUUUAUUGUCCAGAGCAGCACAGAGAGAAAAAGUUAACCAACACAAGCUGCAUGUCUUGGCAGGGUACCCACAGUCCUCUGCUAUUUUUACCUGUGUAUCUUUGGAUCUAACACUAUGACCCCUUUGUGUUUGACCCUCCGAGGACCAGCUGACCAAGACGGAGUUCUCGAAGACCUCAUGCCCCCUCCUCACACCGCUGCCACACAGCACCCCCCCCCCAUGUUCAUGCUGCUUGCUCUUCAUGGGACCCUUUGCUCCAUUCUCUUGCUUGAAUUACCCUGUGAAAGAGUUGUUGAGGCCAGCAUUUCAGGGCUGGGAAGAAAAUGCCAUUCCUUGAGGGGAAAGAAGCAGGAGGAGCUGAAACAAACAGCACUGCUCGAAAAUCAGGCUGGCUCACCGCCCACCAGGCAGUCAGCGAGACCUCGGCAAGACUGGGCGGCAGGAGGGGGCCGAGGCAGAGGAGAGCAGCCUGUGUACAGUAAAAGGAGUUUGCCAUCAAAAGGCAACAAGUCUCAUACCCUGCCCCGGACGGUGACCCUUCCCUGUGGAAUUCUCCCCUCUGACCUCCAGAUCAUUAAUCCUGAGGCUGCCAAAUGACAGUCAUCCAUCACGCCUCCUGCCGAGCAUCCCAGCGGCCUGUGGAAGGACCCUGGGCCCGCCCUCCCUGCCGUCCCCUGGUGCUCAUUAGUGGGCCUUCCUGCCUGGUGCCAGGCUUCCUAAUCAAGUCCCUGCUCCUCUCACUUCCCUUCGGGGCCAGUGGCGGAAGCUGCUCUGACCCUCCCUCUUUCAGAGGCCAGGGAGGGGUGGAGCGAUUAGUGGGGAGAGAGUCGUUCAGUGGCUUUUCAUCCCCCUGGAGACCUGUGUGUGUCCAGCAGCCCCUUUGACUCAGUGGGGACACAGGAGAGAAAACAUCUCUCUGUCCUGCCGCAGGAGAGGAGGAAGCAGGCGGUACUGUUACAGAGUGCACCGGAGCCGUGCAGGUGGGUGGUGGAACCGCUCAAGUGGCUUCUGAAGGCCCCAGAGGGGUGUGAGUUGCCACAUCAUUAGGAAAGAAUCUGGACUCAUCCUGCUCGCCAAAAACAAAACAAAACAAAAACCCAACUUUGAGGCCACCUAGUGCAGCCCUCUUAUUUACAGAUGGGAAGACAGAGCCAGAGGCUCAUGUUUUAAGCAAGACCACAAAGCCUCUGAGUCAGACCGGUCUUUCUGCUCAUCCCAAGGAGAACUGGCAGCUAGUCUUGAUAGCUUCCAGCUUUGGGAAUUUGAGUCAGAUUAAAGCAGAUUCAUGAACAUAUUUCCAACUCUGCAAAAGCUGGGCACAUGCAUAUGUCUUCUUUCUCUGCUUGAUGACACAACCCUCUGUUUCUCUAUUUGGACAAUCACAGGGACCCCCAUCAACCGAAUCCCCAUCAUGGCCAAGCAGAUCCUGGACCUGUAUAUGCUGUAUAAGCUGGUGACAGAGAAGGGGGGCCUGGUAGAGAUCAUCAACAAGAAGAUCUGGCGGGAGAUCACCAAAGGCCUGAACCUGCCCACAUCAAUCACCAGCGCCGCCUUUACCCUGAGGACCCAGUACAUGAAGUAUCUCUAUGCCUAUGAGUGUGAGAAGAAAGCCUUGAGCUCCCCGGCCGAGCUCCAGGCCGCCAUCGACGGCAACCGGAGGGAGGGCCGGCGGCCCAGCUACAGCUCCUCCCUCCUGGGCUACUCGCCUGCUGCCGCCACCGCCGGGGCCCCUGCCCUUCUCUCCCCACCCAAGAUCCGCUUCCCCAUCCUCGGGCUGGGCUCCAGCAGUGGCGCCAAUGCCAGCAGCCCUCGGGUACCCCCCGCAGCCACUCUCAGGAAAGGUGAUGGCGUCCCGGUGACGACAGUGCCCGUGCCAAAUCGCCUGGCCGUGCCCGUGGCCUUGGCAGGCCAGCAGGCCGGUACCCGGACGGCCGCGCUGGAACAGCUGCGGGAGCGGCUGGAGUCAGGGGAGCCCCCCGAGAAGAAGGCGUCCAGGCUGUCGGAGGAGGAGCAGCGCCUGGUGCAGCAGGCCUUCCAGCGCAGCCUGUUCAGCGUGGCACGGCAGCUGCCCAUGAAGAUCAGGAUCAACGGCAGGGAAGACAGAUCAGAGGCCUCGGCUGCAGCGCUGAACCUGGCCACUGGCAGCAUCGGGAGCAUCAACAUGUCUGUGGACAUCGAUGGCACCACCUAUGCAGGUGUGCUGUUUGCCCAGAAGCCCGUGGUCCACCUCAUCGCGGGGCCCGCCCCCCAGAGCCUGGGUGGCAGCGCGAGCGGCAGCAGCAGCUCCCACUGCUCGCCGAGUCCUACCUCGUCCCGGGGCACCCCCAGCGCCGAGCCCUCCACCAGCUGGUCCCUCUGAGGGGCAGGACCCAGCUCCCCACGCCCCACUCUCCUGUCGAGAGUGGAGGAGGUUGAUGCACAGAAUUUACCUCAUCUCACGGAGCCCAUGUCAAACACCAUUUGGCCAGAUGUUGAGAGUUUGGACGUGUCCGUCUGUCCAGGCUCCGUUCAGGUCCUGCUGUACUCUGGGGACAGGGAGAGGCUGCAGGGGCAGGACAGGGCAGCGUUGUCCAAUCAGGGAUCGCCCUGGAGAACCGGGCGGGGUCUGCGGGCGUCCAGCUUCCUCCCGGGUUCCCAGGCCACCUCCUGUCCUGGGCACAGUGUGUCGACAAUCUGUAAGCCAGCACAGGGCUGGAGGCCCUCCACAGCCCUUCCCCUUUAAUUUAUUGCCCUUCCCCUGCCUUCUGUCAGGACCCCAGGGUCACUGGCCACUUCCCCUGCUCAGUCCUCCAAUCUUUAACUCCCACGUGGGGCUGCUAGGGGCCAAGACCAUGCCUUCACGGCCUUUCUCUGCUGAGCAUGGGAUGGGGCCCUCCUAACCCGCCUUGACUACCAUGUUUGGUUCCAGGGGUGUGGGUCCCUCAAAUCCAAGUCUUGAAGCAGUCCUCAGGGCCCCAUACUCCCCUUUUAGUGGUCCCAGGAAAAGGGGCACACGAGGGCAGUCCUCAAGUCCCAGGGCUUACCGGGUACCUGCUGAGGGAGAGGCAGAGCCUCAGGGGGCUGGCUGCCCAGGCAGGCCCUGGCACCCAUUUCACACUGACCUUUUUCUGGCCCUCCCAGACCUCACGCCCUCACUCGCCCUUGUUGGCCAGCUCUCCCAAGAACAGCCCACUUGUCCCUUGGGCCCUCCCUUCUCAUGGGGCUGCCUCAGCCCCGGCAUCCCCAAACCUGCUGAUGUCAGGUUCAUUGAAAUACCUCAGAUUUGUAAUUGUUGAUGUUUGAUUCUUCAGGAAGUAUUUGCAUCUCUGAAAUCUUUUUUAUAUGCGUUUUGCUGACUUUUUUGUUUUUAAUUUUUAUUGUUGUUACUGUAGCACCAAAGAAAUGAAAGCAGAUCACCCCCAAAGCCGAGCAAACAUUUGGUACCCCAGCCCCUCUGGCCCUUCGCUAAGACCCCAGUGAGGAGGCGGGGAGGCAGGCAGGAGAGAUGACUCAGGGAUCACAGUGGCGGGGGAAGCGGUGGAACGAGAGGCCCAUGCUCAUGAAGGUUGGGUCCUGAGACCACACGGUUCAGGAGAUGGCCCCUGACCCAUUUCCUGCCGGAGCAAGGCUUGUCGCACACCCCUCCCUGGCUCCCCAGGGUGGGGACAGAACGGUUGCCCUUCACUCAGCAUUCCCAUCUCAGGGUAGGGGCAGGCCAGAGAGGCUGAGCUGCCCCAGGGGAUAAGGGGAUGCUGUGAACUCCGUCCUCCUCUGGGACCCUGGGCUGGAGCAGGUUGCUCCCAUGUUGGAAAGAUGAGUGGUUGUCACACAGGGCUCCCCUCUCAUUGAGUACGCCCUGCAGAGCUCAUAGAACACCACCCACUGUGACAUCAUCAGGCUCUGAUGGUGACAGGCCACAUCGCUGGCGGGAGCCCUGGUGCGGCUAGCAUUCGGCCCUGUCUAUGAAAGGAAAAGGAAAUCAAAAGCUUGAGCACAAAACAGCUACCUCAGCCUGGUAAGCUGCAGCUCUGCUGGACUUCAUCUUCUCGCUCCCCUCCCCAGGCUUCCACACACUCGCUCUCACACACUCACACAGCCCCGUCCACUGGGGCCUGACCCUCUUCUGGCCUCAGGAGCCUUCCCACCUUACCCACCAGGUAAGCGCAGGUGGUGAGCAGAGAAGAGCGUCUGGGAUCUGGUGCCAGGGAGGAGCCCAGUUGGCUGGCGCUGGGCCCACUUGAAAGUGUCACAACAUUUGGCCAGUGUGUCUUUCUCAGGGGUUUGGUUACAAAGGAUGGACUCUUCCCAGCCAGAGGACGCAGGGACAGUGCACUGUGGCUUUCUGGUCAUUGGAUCCUCUCCCCUUCCCCACGCAGCUUGAAAGCCCAAGAGAGGGGAUGCCAGCAGGUGUCCCAGGAGUAGGGCCCCAGGCAAGAGAAGCUUUCCCUGAAGGGCACAGGGCAGGCUGUGGGCCAGGGCUGCUCUGGGCUCCCCCCCCCCCCCCCCGUCUAUGUGUACUCUGACCAGGAAAAUGUUCUAGCACAUGGGUAGCCUAGGCAGUGAUAAAUACCUCAGACGUCCUCUUGCAGCAAGUGUCUGUAUAUGUGGUGGUUAUUUUCUAUCUUACAUGUUCUCGAAUGUUUAUAUUUCAAUAAACCUCUACCUCUUCACACAA